AGUAACAGAGUAGAUGCGCAUCCAUGCUCUGAUGAGCGAUGAUCCCAAAGUCGCAGCUGACCAGAAAAUUAUUUUCAGGAUCACAACUCAAAGAUUGUCGGAUCUAAAACUGUCAAGAAUUAUUGUCCGAGGAUGCUUUCCAGCUGCUUUAGAAUGUUGAAAGUGGUUUUGUUAUCGUCAUGGAUUUGCCUACUAUUGGGAGGCUUUGAACCCAUCAAAGCCGAGACGAACGGCAAUUGGUGCCCGAUGCCAAUUUCUGGAGUUCAGUGCAAGUCUAUAGUAAAGAAUGGAACGACUAUCCAACUCGUCCAUAAACUCGUCCCUCUUGAAGCCAUCAAGAGGAUGGCUUAUCCAGGAGGUGUCAAUGUGACUUGGAGGUGUACUGAACCCGCCUGCUUAUCUACCCCAUGCAAGUAUGGAAAUUGUACAGAGGUCGACGAUGGCUUUGAAUGUGAAUGCCCGAAAGGAUUUGGUGGGGCCCGAUGUGAAAUAUAUCCACCACGGAAUUGUGCGGAACUAAAAGCUCGUGACGACAUUACUGAAGAUGGUAUCUACGUCAUUGACCCGGAUGGAGAAUUCCGUGACAGGUCGUUACCGGUUGAGAUGGAGUGCCUCAUGACAGAAGGUGUGACAUCAGUACCACAUGACAUCACUGCCCAAGAGUCCACGCCAUACGAGAUGGGAGUCGGGGAGUUUGUGCGCAAUGUUACAUACCCGUUCGACUCGGACACUAUUCUUGCACUCAUUCAGAGUUCAAAGAGCUGCAAGCAGAUGAUCUACGCCAGGGGAUAUAGAUCCUACAUCUACGCUCCAGAUCGGAUCACACAGAAUGUUUGGUGGGUGUCGAGACAUGGAAGAAAAAUGCCAAACUGGGCCGAUACACCAAGCGAUCACCAAGGAUGUAGCUGCAGUUACGAAACCCCAUCCAGACCCUAUAACGCUUGCCCUGCAGGAGGACGGUGUAAUACGGACUACUCGUAUUACGGUUUAUGGCAGGAAGAUUCUGGCUACCUGACUGAUGUGAGAAGACUACCAGUUAUAAGGUUACAUACGGGAUUCCCAUUUCAAUCUGGAACCAGAUAUCUCUUCUAUAAUCUUGGUCCUCUCCUCUGCGAAGGACACUGGUCUUAGGGAUACCAAGAGAAAUCUGGCUGAACUUCACCCACCACCGGGAGAAAAAAAAAUUAUUAAUUUUAACAAUAACUUAUUAGGGUGCCCUCCUUUCAGUAAUAUGCUGGACAGGUAUCGAUAGGGGGCCCUGUACAAAGAAAAAUAAAAAAACAAAAAUGGUAUAUACACAUGCAUGAUACAAUUAUACAAAAAUGAAUGCAUAUACAUUUCG